CGCUGUCAAUGUCGUACUAAUAUCGAAAUCUAGAUGUAGUGGAGCAUGGACACAUCAGGUUAUUAUCCAAAUUUGCUUCCAAAAUAACGGGCAGCUCUUAACUAACAACGGCUAACCUGCUUCACUAACACUGAAUAACGAUGGAAUUUCGACUUGACAGCAGAGCAGCCGUUGACUUGUGAAAGCUGCCUGAAUGAGAUUGAGGACGACGAGUGUCUACAGGCUCUUCAGACGGUGUGGCAUACCGAUUGUUUCAGGUGCUCCGUGUGCGACACUUUGUUGAGCAGCUGGUACUUUGAGAAGGAUGGGAUGCUGUUCUGCAAGAGUGACUACCUGUACAACUACGGCGAAGUGUGCCAGAACUGCUCGGAGAUUAUUACUGGCCCAGUCAUGGUUGCAGGGGACCAUAAAUUUCAUCCCGAAUGCUUCUGCUGUGCAAGCUGUCAUGCAUUUAUUGGGGAUGGAGAUGCAUACGCCUUAGUAGAGCGUUCCAAGCUUUAUUGUGGGCCUUGCUACCGGCACCACAUGCAGCCUCUCAGUCCACACAGUGUCCUGGCUGGGCCACACAGCAUCCAACUGCUCGAGAUUCCCGCGAGCAGGGGGACGCGCAGCAUCAAGCUGGGCUCGCCUUGUCUUGGCCAUCACGGGGUCCACAUCACCGACCUGGAUGUCAGCCCCGACCUCAUGGCAUUACACAUUGGUGACAAGAUCCUCGAAGUCAAUGGUACACCUCUCAGCAGCCAGUCUCUGGAAGAGGUUGAAGAGCUCAUCAAGUCAACAAAUAAAGUGCUGCAUCUGACCAUUGAGCAUGAUCCAAGCAGUGUCCCAAAGUGUCCUCUUCUCUGUCCUCCCAGAAGGAAAGCUUUGAGUGACAAGGAAAGGCGAUACAAAAGAAAGGAUGAAGGCGUCAUGGGCUCGAGUGGCACGAGGUCACGCCAGCUGAAGAGGUCCAGUGGUGGCAGGGAGCGCUCCUCGUCUCUUCCUCGUCUACUAGUCAGUGAUUCAUCUGCGUGUGGCAGCCAGCCAUCUUUAGACCUCAGUCGAACCAAGUCGUUCCGUGUUGAGCCAAAGAAUCAGAGGAUUUUCCGGGCGUCUGACCUGGUCCAAGGGAAGCUCUUGGGAAAGGGCUUUUUUGGCCAAGUGUACCUGGUUACCCACCGAGAGACGGGUGAGGUGAUGGUUGUCAAAGAGUUGCACCGGUUGGAUGAGGAGGCCCAGCGAAACUUCCUCAAGGAGGUGGCUGUGCUGCGUUCCCUGCACCAUGAAAAUGUGCUGCGCUUCAUUGGUGUGCUGUACCGAGACAAGCGGCUGCACCUGGUCACUGAGUACGUCAGUGGGGGAUCCCUGCGUAGCCUGCUUCAUGACUCGAGUGAACCCCUACCCUGGCUGCAGAGGUUGCGUUUGGCCAGGGACAUUGCGGCAGGAAUGUGCUAUCUUCACUCCAUGAACAUCAUUCACAGAGACCUGAAUUCUCAUAACUGCCUGGUCAAAGAGGAUCGAACAGUCGUGGUGGCUGACUUCGGGCUGGCUCGUGUCAUGAGUGAUCCCAGUGUUGCCGGAGUUGGCCGCAGAAGCUCUAGUGGCAAACGUGCCUCAGCCGGUAGUGUAGGGGCCGGCAGCAAACGGCCUGAGCGCAAGAAACGCUACACGGUUGUGGGCAACCCAUACUGGAUGGCGCCCGAAAUGAUGACUGGGAAGCUGUACGACGAGAAGGUUGACAUCUUUUCCUUUGGUAUCGUCCUCUGCGAGAUAAUUGGCAGGGUACAGGCUGACCCCGACUAUUUGCCCAGAAGCAAUGACUUCGGACUCAACAGCGUUGUGUUCAAAGAGAAGUUUUGUGCAAGUUGUCCAGAGCCCUUCUACCGCAUUGCCUUCUUGUGCUGCGACGUGGACCCAGAGAAGAGGCCCCCGUUUGAGCUGCUCCAGAAGUGGCUGGAAGGAAUAUCCCUGCACCUCAUUGUGGAUAGCCCUCUUCCCAAAGAACUAAUGAGUGACAUAGCUAACUACCAGGGUGCAGUUGCCGCCAGUGCAGAUUCUACACCAGAGUCUAUGACACCGCCUGAAUGCGGACGGCCUCCCUUGAGAACUAUCAGUGAGCAGGCUUUGGAUUCCCCUCGGUCAUCACUAGAGUUGGUCUAAAUUGCAGCACCCCAGCAUUUCAUGGUAUUGCUCAUUACGACUCUAUGCAUCGUGCAAGUGCUUACAAAACUGAACUACAAAUGUGUUGUGUACUUGAACUAAAAUGUCUCUCUGCUGAGACAGUGGAAAGCUAACCAUUAGGCGAGUUAUGAGACUUGUUCUUUCUGAGAACAGUAGUCUCGUGUUACCGAUGAGUCUGCACAUGUUGUGUAUACCCAUUCUGGAUAUAUUUUGUGUUCUAUAUUGAUCUUGCUUAUCUUUUGCAUUUAGUUACGUGCAAAAAUGUCAGUCUUUCUUUUUUAUAUAUGCAUAUGUAGCCCUGUACGAGUGUUAUGGGAUUCUGCAAGCUUACCUCUUUGAGAAAGUGCGUGAAACAACGUAAGACUUUGUCUGCGUGGCCAUGUUAGAUACUAAGUGCAAUGACACUAAUGAACUGUGAAUUGUCUCACGUUUGUUGCUACUAUGCUCGAUCGUGAGGAGAAAAGUGCCGGUUAUCAGCAAUGCCCUUUUUUUUUUGUUGAUACAGAGGACGUUGUUUCUUGCAGCAACUGGAAGCAUUUAUGCAAGCAUGCAAGAUAAUUGAAAUGAUGAAAAGAGACCUAAGAAAAAUCAUCACGUCAUGGCUAACCUUAUAUAAAAACUCCUAAGCUAGUUAGUUCUGUGUGGCACUGAGUGAAUUGCACAUGCAUGCUCAAAGGUGCUGGCCUAUGUUCUGUUUAUGUGUUGUAUUCCUUUAGUACGGUACCUAACCUUUAAUACGAAGUCAAGUUUGAAAGUGGCAGUAUUUUUUUUUCUUUUUUAAAGAGCUGAAAAGUUUUUUAAUGGGGGUUGUUGCUGGAGCCAACAUCUUAACAAGUAGGCUUCUAUUCUUUAUGGCUGGUAGCAACCUCUCCAAAUGAAAACCAGUGCGAAUUGAGCCUUUUUUCUGAGAAUUUCUAACCCUUCUAUUCACCGUGAAAUUGACACUGCCAGUGGGCACUUGCUCUUGUUAGAGCUAAACACCGAACUCCCAUUCUGUCCUGUCAACCAUUUCGUAUAGCGAGGCCCGUAAGGAAAGCACUGAAGAGGAGAAGUCCGCUUGAUGAAACAUUGGCUCUGUGAUACCCUGUCUUCAAGAAUUUCUUGUCUCUUCGCGGUUCUAUAUUACCUGGGACUUCUGUGUUGUUUAGUGUUGUUCUUUCUGUGUCAAGAGAGCUCCACUUAAGAAUGAUUGCUGUCUGGCAUGAAAAAUUCUGCCAAGAAAGCUGGACAAUUAAAGCAAUUUCAAGACACCUGUGGUCAUACAAACCUUGAUAGAGCCAGCAAACUAGGUGCGCGGUGUCUGCCUGGUGUAAUGAUAGCUCAUUUGUCUUUGUACACAGUGGCAAUGUAAGGAUAGCAAUAUGACGGGAACAGCCAGCUCAAAUACCAGUAAGGCCAAUAUUGUUUCCAUUUUGGUAGGACCAAUAUUGUUUGUUUUUUAUCACUUUUCAUUAGAUAGUUUUCUCAUUCCAUUUACGUGCCUCAUGUGUUUUAUUUAGCAAUACCGACCUGCUUCGAUUGUUCACAUUCCUACUACGUAGGUCUUGCCUCCUUAAGUGUGCACACACAUGGACUGAUAGGAUCUCUAGCUCAGCCAAUAUACAUGGGCCACUAGUGUAUUUUUUUAGUAUACCAUGUUUUGACAAAGGAAGUUGUAUUGAAAUGGUUAUAAUUUGUAUUUAUUUCGUGCCUAAGAAGAUUUUCUGAUUGGGAUCUGGUGACGUGAAAAGUGGCUGCUUGCAAAUGUCAUGCAAGACCCCUGUAAGCUGUUGGAGGAUCAUAGGUCUCAGAUUUGUGCAUCAGCAUAGAUAAGUUGGUUUCGUUAUGGCUUAGAAGCACGAGACCUCUGACAGCAGCAGCAGGCUGUGUAGGAAAUCAGAAUUUGUACUGGCACUCAUAAGCAACAUUGACAGACUGAUUGGGUUAUGCCAGAAGAAUAAGUUAACAUAAGAAUCCUCUUCAUUACACAUAGUCCAUGGCUGUGUCACUUUACCAAGUCAUGAUUUGUGCACUCAGGCCAUUUCCAUUUUUGAGGGGGUGAUGGUUUUAAUAGUUCUUUUUACUACCCCUUCAAUUUUAUUUAUUUAAAAAUUCCCAUCGCGCCAUUUUUGCUUCCAUGCUCUGUGCAGCAUCUCUGAGAGCUGACUUGAAAAACAGUGAAUUUAAAAAUCAGACAAAAGCUCUCCUUGGCCAACAAACAAAAAUAUGUGCACAGUGCAGAUUUGUAGCAAUUUCUACGCUCGCAUUUCUUGCACUGCAUUCCUCCUGGCUAGCAAGUUUCCAGCAGUAGGUGUAGCCCUAGUAUUGUGCAUCUGCGCGAGAGCAGCUUUGAAAUAAGUUGAGCCAGUAGCCUGAAGUUGUUAACGCCUCACUGCAAGUGCUGAUGUAAUUGCACAGCCUUUUUGAUACAUAUACAUAUCAAUUUAAAUAGUUAUAAGGCACAGUGUGCACAUGUAUAAGGAAACCAGGCAGAGAAAAAAUAUAUUGCUUUAAGUGGAUUAAAAAUCUUAAAUAAUUCUGUUUCGGCAUGCAUAUGGGUAGGCUUGUUUGGAUAGUUUUUAGCAGUUGGAACAAAUCAUUGUUUCAGGGCCUGUGAGCUUUCUUUCUUUCGUCAAAGAAUGCAUGAAACCUUUAUGCAGUAGGCUCUCAAUAAUUCAAAGUAGAGGGGAUCCCAAGAUUCUGUUUGAAUAUUCAAAAGCUUUACAGCUAUCGUAAAUAUGACUCGCGGCAGUAUAUCAACUUAUACUGUUUCUCAUGGCUGCAACAACGUCAUUGACAGCUGUGCAUUACUGUGAUGCUUGUUCAGAAAUCAUACUGGUAUUUUGACUCAUUGCUCGUAUGUACAUGUGUAAUUAAGGGACAAAGUGUACCAUGUCACAUGAUCACUGGUAGCCCUUUUUAUAUGUUAGUACACUAUUUAGCGUGAUACUUGUGCACUACAGUGAAGAUGACUCAAGAAGCACUCAGCAUGCAAUAUAUCGAAACCGGCCUGUCUUGGUUCUUUUUUUUUUUUUUUCAAGCAAAGUUUAUUAGGGCUCACUGAUAUGGGGCAGUGUUGUACGCGAAAAGUUCAGUGCUAGUGAGCUGCCAGAAAUGCGCCUAUACACGUUGCACUAAUCACGUGGGUAUGGGCAGUGUUUCAGUAACUCUUUUGAUCAUGGGCUAGCAUCAGCCGUUUCUGAUGUGGCACUCGGAUUCUUUAUUGAGGGGUCUUGUCAUUUCUUGUCACCACAUUUUGUUGCUACCUGAACAUAAAUGUUGCGUGCAGCAAUUGUCAUGUGGGUGAAGAAAGGGAGACUAGAUAUAUUAAAAAAAGAAGAAAAGAAAUGAACAUCAGGCAUGCACAUACCAAGUGUUGCUUGCCUCCCUUUUUUCUGGGAGGGCAAGUACUGGAGAAUUAUUAUUAUUUUCUAUCCGGGGUCAACAUGCUAUUAUCAGUGCAUGCAGUUUGGGUGCUUUGUAGGCAAGUAAUGAAAAUGAUUUGCCAAUGUUUAACAUAUGAUAAUGCAAGUUUGCAGCUAGAAGUGACAAAGACAGCAGGUAUAUUCCAGCAUAGACAAGCGAAAAGUAUGAAUUAACUGAAUUUGUGCCCUGAGGCAGUUAGAAUUAAAUGUCCUGAAGGGGGUCAUGCACCACCCCUCGACUUGUUGAAAAAAACAUAUCCUGUGGAAAGCAGACACACUAUGAACUGUUCAGGCAAAUAUUGCAGCUGUGUGGGUCGCGUAAAGGUUACAAUCAGAGCAUCAAGUGGCUGUUUUUUCAGGUGUACUCUUGUCAAACAGGCCGGUUCUCACCUCCGUCGAUGGGCGGGCAUCCGUCAUCAAUGUCACAUUUCUGUCACUUUACGUCCCAAAAGGUUAAUGGCCAAUAGCUGACAUAAAUCAAGAGCACUGUCUGGCUCAGAUGGGCUUGUUUCUGUUAACUCUGUGUAUAAUUGUUGUAGUUACAGUAUGAAAUAUAAAAAAGCUUCGUUGCAAGUUUUCAAAGAGAUGACUCACUUCCAGUAAAGGUCAAUUGUCAUCUGCUGAACGUAGCGCCACUGUAUGUUUGAACGAGUGUGCAUAGUGAUGGAAGUUUGCUUGGGAGUUGUAUGCAACUCACAUCUGAGGUUAUGCUAGCAUGUUUUUCGACAAAGCAUGCCAGAUAUACAUUUAGAUUCUGUGCGACUCAUAACAAAUGAGUUAACUAUCACCUGUUAGGUUGUCGCGUGCACUGAGAGACAGGGAUCUGUAUUUUCAAACAAGGUGAUGAAAAGACAGGCCACAGGAAUGAGCUAUUAUGUAAAAACACUGCAUUUCGUCUUUGAUGUGUCGUGUAGUGGUAGCAUGUCAGCUUCACAUUGCGGCAAGUACUGCAGAUGGGGGGGAGUUGGCGCAUGAUUAAAUUGUAAGGUUAUAGCUCAGCUUUAUUUGAGCAUGAGAAAGGGAAAUACAGACAACAGGAUGAGCGCUCAUCCUGUCUGUAUUUCCCUUCUUCACUGGCUUUUUUUUCUUCACGCUCAAACAGAGCUGUGCUAUAACCUUACGGUUUCUUCACGUUGCAAUCUGCGUCAACGGGCUGAUAUCAAACCUCGCUCACUCAGUUUCUUUUUUUUUUUUAUAGUCAGAAUCACGAUCUGACCACGACCAGAAUUUUCAGAAACUUCUUGAAAGCCAGAUUUCGGCCGAGAACAAGUCUGCCAUGUGUCAGCGUCGAGCGUGCAUUGUGCAGUGUGCUGGCCUCCCAGUAUUCUGUGCCAUACUGGUCCAAGAAAUAUGUAAUGCGCUAGGACAGAGCCACUGGGUAUUUAAAUAGGGUACCCUGUGACAAGUGCUUGCAUUGUGGCACCUGUGCUUGUGAGGAAACAUGAACGUAUCCACCGAUUUAUUGACAGUUAUGCUAUAGUGAACUAGAUAGGGGUAGUGGGACGAGCAGAGAGUGAAAGCAAUCAGCGGCGGUGAGGCGAAACAGACGAAA